AUGGAGACUCCCAGGUCCGAGAAGACGGAAGUCGAGAUCGCUCAGAAGGACAUAGAGGAGAUGGCUAUUCGGCGUGACACCUUCAACGAGAAGGACCCUGGUACCUUCUCGUCGUCGUAUUCGACGCCAGAUGAUGAGGUGGCGGUGGAAGACGACUUCCCCGAUGGCGGACGUGGCUGGUUGCCAUUCCUGGCGCUGGGUGCGAUGUUCUGGCUGGCCGGGAUGCUGGGUUCUGCGUUCUGCACACAACUUUGGCACUUCUUCAUUACUCAGGGUAUACUGCAAGGGAUCUCGAAUGCGUUCGUAUUCCCACUAGUGGUCGCAUUGCCAGCACAAUGGUUCUACAAGUAUAGAGCCUUCGCAAUCGGCGUGGUUGUCGCUGGCUGUUCGCUAGGUGGUGCGAUCGCGACACUAAUGAUGUACAAAAUGCUAGCGACGCUCGGUUACAAGAAGACUUUCGCGAUAUAUAGUGGCAUUGAUGCGGCUUGCUUCAUUCUCGCAUUGAUACUCAUCAAGGAGCGGAGAGCGCCGUCGACACGGAAGAAGAUUAUCUGGUUCGAUCUAGCAUUUUUCAAAGACCCAGUGUUCUGGAGUCUCGGCUGGGGCUUCCUCUUCACCGUCUUUGGAUACUUGACUCCGGUAUUCUUCUUACCAACGUAUACAAUUGAAAUGGUUCCCGGAACGACCGAUUUCCUUUCCGCUCUGCCACUCACGCUGCUCAACUUCUCCGCCGCCGCUGGCCGCGCGUCAGUCGGCUUCAUCGCCGACCGCAUGGGCCCCGUCAACGCGCUCCUCAUUGGCAUCCUCGUCUCGGGCCUCACUCAAAUCCUCCUCUGGAAUUUUGUGACUACCUAUGCCGGCAUCAUAGCAUUUGGCAUCCUCUACGGCUUCUUCUGUGGAUGCUUCAUCUCGCUGUCGCCCGCUGUUGCGGCCCAGCUGUAUGGCUCCGACCGGCUUGCAGGGCUGUCGGGCCUGCUGCUCUUCUUCAACCUGCCAGGUAAUGCUGCUGGAGCCCCAAUUGGCGGGGCGAUCUACAGCGCCAGCGGUGGCAACUGGCAUGCCGUAGCAAGCUAUUCCGGUGCGAUGCAGAUUGUUGGCGUUACCCUACUACUGUAUGCUCGAUUCAAGAAGCAGCCUAAAAUGAUCGCCGUAUUCUGA